GUGAUGAAUCCGGAUGUGAUAAAGCGAGCAGAUCCAACGGAUGAUUACGAACUGCUGCAGAGGGUGGGGUCGGGAACUUACGGCGAGGUGUACAAGGCGAAGCACAUCCGAAGCGGUGAGUUGUCAGCCGUGAAAGUGGUGAAAUUGGAGGCAGGUGAUAACUUUACGGUGAUUCAACAAGAGAUAAUGAUGAUGCGCGAAUGCAGACAUCCGAACAUAAUCGCAUAUCACGGCAGUUACUUGAGAAGAGACAGGUUGUGGAUUGUGAUGGAGUACUGCAGUGGAGGGUCUUUACAAGAUAUUUAUCACAUGACUGGACCGUUGUCAGAGCUGCAAAUAGCAUUUGUUUGUCGAGAAACAUUAAAAGGAUUACAGUAUUUGCAUUCGAAAGGAAUGGUGCAUAGAGAUGUGAAAGGGGCUAAUAUUUUGUUGACGUAUCUGGGGGAUGUGAAAUUGGCUGAUUUUGGUAUUGCGGCACAAAUAACAGCAACGAUCGGGAAACGAAAAUCGUUCAUUGGAACGCCAUACUGGAUGGCGCCCGAGGUGGCGUGUGUGGACCGAAGGGGUGGUUACGGGGUGCAGUGUGAUGUGUGGGCAGUGGGUAUCACGGCUAUCGAAUUGGCCGAAUUGCAACCUCCGUUAUUCGAAUUACACCCGAUGCAAGUGCUGUAUCAAAUGACGAAAUCGUCUUAUAAAUCGCCACAGCUGAAAGAUAAAUUCAAAUGGUCUCCGUUCUUCCACGAUUUCGUCAAGCAAUGUUUAACAAAAAACCCAAAGAAACGACCAACUCCAGAGAAAUUAUUGAAUUCACAUCACUUCGUACUCGGUGCUCUUUCAUCACGCAUGACCCGUGAUUUGCUGGAUAAAGUUAAUAAUCCUGGCGGAGGAUCAUCCGCAUCACUCUUAUCGCAGUUAUCGCUACACGAUUUGGAUGAUAACGAUGAUAACGACACACAGACGGCGUUUGGACCGUCACGAAUUGAGAGUCGUUUUCACGCGGAUCCAAAAGUGACGCACGACGCAAUUCGAGUAAGUGAUGAAGCGAUGGCUCGGAUUUGGAGUGAUCCGCCAGCCGAGUCAGCGUCUGCGAGAAUGCGGAGGUUAUAUCACGAGGACAGAACCUUACCGGCCAAACAGCAACCACCCUUACCUGAUGUCGUGCAAGCUAUGUCUUUGUUAGACGAUCGCGAUGGGGUUAUUAACGUCGAUGAUAAUGAUGUGAACGCAAAUACUGAUCAAACAUUAAGAGCGUUCAGCCACUGCGGCGCUGAUGGUUCAUCAGGAUCAGACUAUUCCAUCCCACAACGUCCACCACGACGAAAACGGUCUCCACUCAGAAGGUCGUCGUCUGCAGACACUUCGUUUGGUACAUCCACUUUAUCGUCGUCAACUUCAGGUGUCAAGCACCGGGCGAAUGGCCUCGCCAACUCAGCCCUACCUCGACCAGCCACCUGUUUUGGGUUACCACCGACCCCAAAGGUGGCGAUGGGUGCGUGCUUUUCGUUGAUCUUCCAUGACUGCCCAUUGCAUAUCAACUGCACGGCAUCGUGGAUGCACCCGACCACCUUACGACACCUGCUGAUGAUCGGCUCCGAAGAGGGUAUCUUCGCGUUAGAUUUGAGUGAGUUGCACGACGCAGCCAUGUGUCUCAUCCAUAAACGUCGAUGCGCAUGGCUGCACGUCCACAAAAACGUUUUGAUGGCUAUUCAGGGUAAAACACCGUAUUUGUAUCGACACGAUUUGGUUGCGUUAACACAACGCAAUUUCACACAACGAAUCGCCAAACCAAUGAAUAAAAUACCCGAAAAAUACAUCCCGAAGAAACUGGCUAUUACUGUACGAAUUCCUGAGACAAAAGAUGUUAUGCAGUGCAAUGUGGCACGGAACGGUGUGAAUGGAGAUAUAUAUUUGUGCUGUGCGACGCCGUCGCAAGUGAUUCUCUUUCAGUGGUAUCAGCCACUCUCAAAAUUCUUGAUCUUGAAAAAUGUCUAUUAUCGUGUUCCAUAUUUUCCAAUUUUUCCAUUCCAGUUGAUUUAUUCUGUGGGAACUGAUGCCGAUUUUCCGAAGGUGUGUUUAGCAGUGUACAAAGGAACAGCACACAAAUAUUAUUUACAUUUGAUAAAUUUCAACGAUGAAACGAUACAGUGUGAAUUGGAUGAACAGCAGAGGGCUGAUGCACUGCGGCUGGAUGUGGUUGCGUUGAAGCAGAUUGAUAGGGAUGCGUUGGUGUUGUGUUACGAUAACGAGUGUGUGGUGGUGAAUCAACAUGGCAUCGUGAAGUCAUCACGUGUCACUUCAGCACAUUUCAGAUUUAAUUUCAGAAUUGAAUAUCUGGUCACUCUUUCAGAUUCGAUUCUGGCAUUUCAUUCGCAUGGUGUGCAGGGUCGUGCGUAUGUGCAUGAUACGAUAACACAAGAUCUGAAUGAUUCAAAUAACAUUUACCAAGUGGUUGGGAGUGAUAAAUUGGUUGUAUUGAAACGACGCCUCACGAGUGCGGUGAGUGAAUGCUGUGAUUUGUGUAUUCUGACGGGACAUGAGAGUACUUUAGCUGGUUAG